AUGGGAGUUCAAGGUCUGGAUACCUUCUUAGACAACCACCAGAGGAUCUUCCGGGACGUCGAGUUCAGGAUGAGCCGGCUGGUGGUGGACGGAUCCAACCUGCUCUACCUGCUGUACUUUAACUCAGGUCUGGACCAGAAUCACGGCGGGGAGUAUGCUGCCUUUGAGGCCCUGAUUGAAAGGUUCAUAGUAGCACUCAGAACCUGUGAGGUUACUCCAUAUGUGGUUUUGGAUGGAGGAUCAGAUCUCACAGACAAGAAGCUUGAAACCGUGACAAAGAGAGCUGAGGACCUGAUUGAGAAGGCCCAUCAAGCAGCGGUGGGUGGUGGAAAGGAAAAAAUCCUACCGCUGCUGGCCAAGCUUGUGUUCAAACAGACACUGGCCCGACUGGAGGUUCUAGUGGCCCAGUGCUUCGGAGAGGCAGACCAGGAGAUAGCCGCCCUGGCCUCUGAGUGGAACUGCCCAGUGCUUUCUGGCGACAGCGAUUUCUACAUCUUUGACCUCCCAGCGGGGCUGCUGCCCUUCUGCUACUUUCAGUGGGAGAAUGUGAAGCUGAAUGGCUUGCAGAGCUUCAUCGCCUGUAAGAGGUACUACACCUCCAGCUUCUGCAUCUUCUUUGGGAUUCAGCGCCAACUCUUGCCCACCUUUGCUGUGCUUGGUGGGAAUGAUUACGUGAAUCUGCAGACGAUCAGCUGGACUCAGUUUGCCCCAUCAGACAACGAGACGCUGAGUAACUUGGAGAAGUUGAGUAACUUGGAGAAGCUGCUGUGCUGGUUGAAGGGCUUCCAGCAGCCUCAGGAAGCCCUGGAGGCAGCAUUGGAGCUGAUGGGAGAACUAAGCAAGAACAGCAAGGCAGAGCUGCUGCAGAAUCUGUUUGUGGGGAUGGAGGAGUACCAGGUGCCCUUCAGUUCCCUGACGGGGUUCUUCCUCCACAGGAUGGCCCCAUUGUUCCCAGCAGUCAAAGAGGUGAUGGGUCUUGUCCCGGACUGGACUCGACUUCCUUUGAUGCAGGCCCGACUGACCCCAGAUGUCCUGGAGGUGUUAUUGCUGAAAAGGAUGAGCCUCAGCAUCACUGUGGGACACAAAGACCUGCCCAGUGUUAACCUGACCUCCAGGCCGCUCCGCCAGGUGAUGUACGAGCUGCUGCUGGGUGAACAGAGGUCAGUGCCUGUGGAGGAGAGGGACCGAGAGGGGCUAAAGCUGACGUUCAUUCCAGUCAAACCAACCUGCAGCAAGGUCGUUCAGCGUCUCAGACUCAACUCACUGAACAAGGCAAAGCUGUCUGAACGUCUCCAGGUCCUGCUGGAGGCCCUGGGGGUGACCGAGGCCACACUGAGGGUUCUGUCGCCUCAGCUGCGCCUCCCGGUGGCCGUCACCUGCUACUGGCUACAGAGAGCUCAGCCUCCACCAGACCUGAAGCUGCUGAAGGCGCUGCUGCUGGGAAUGACCAACGAGAACGUACUGAGAGCCAGAGAAGCUACGCAAGUUCAACAUCCACACGGUAAACUAAAGCUGGAUGUGGCUCAUGCAUUCAACCAGUGGCAGGUCUGCCUUAGGGACAGCAUCCACCUGAAUCAGCUGCUUGGCUUCCCUCUGCCUGAGCCGGAUGUUGCACGGUUGUAUCAGGGGACACUGGUCCACCAGCUGGUCAACAGGAUGAGGAGAGGGGGAAGACUGAAGGCCUUCCUGAGGAGCGACCAGUCCAGCAUGAAGCAAUACCACACAAUGUUGUCUAUCAUCCAACAGUUUCAUGCCCAGGAGGAAUCCACGCCCUCAGAGACCCAUCAGAAAGCGGCAGCACGGAGUCAUCCUCUCAACGACCUCACGGCCAACCUGCAAUGGUUAUACGACAAUGAGGAAGUCAGCAGCACAGUGCGAGUGCAAGAGGAGCCGGAGCUGGUCGACCAAGUGUCAGUGAGAACUCGCUACAGAACCAAGGAGAGGAGAAACAGGAGCAACAAACCAGAGCUGGCCCGGAAGGAGGAGUGCCGAGGCCAAGACCUCCUCUGAUAAAGAGCUUGGCACUGACUGCUCUUUACUCAGCAAGACGACAUCAGAAAUCCUGUCAGGC